AUGCCUGAAAAGGAAGACACGUCUAAAUCAACUGCAAAUCCACUUAAUUUGACAACCCCUAGAAGAAAACUGAAAAUACUAUCAUCUCUCCUUGACGCAAAAGAGUGCCAUAGUACGCAGAAUCAACACAACUAUCCAAGUAGAAAUAUUAACAAGUAUAAGGUAGCAAAGCCUACUCGACAAUCACUUUUACGUGAAACAGUUUCGUUCAGGCGAAGCGAUCAUAUUCGUAAUAAAUCUUUACAUGAAGAUAGCACAAAGGCAUUAGAUUGGGUGGGUUCUUUAAUCAAUAGAGGAAAAAGUAUACUUACUACACUAGAAGAUGAAGAUGCUUUGUUUGAACGUGAACUGGAGGAAGAAAGACAACGUUUCCAGCUUCAUGAGUCCUUAAUGAAUAAAUACACCGAGAGCAGUAAAUCUCAUCAGCGAUUAAUCGAUCUCAGGAAGCAUCAAUACGGAACAGAUACUUCUUUUCAAAACAAUGAUGAGAUUCCUUUAGAUAGUUUCAUAAGCUCUCCUUUACCGGAGGCUGACGACAAUACACCCUCAAAUAUCGACUCUGAUGCGGAUGAAGAUUUGAAAGGAAAUCAACCUUCAAUCAAUAGUUUCAGUCUUGGAAGCAGUGAAAGCGAUUUUUCUGGAAAGGAAGAGAACACUGACAACCAGAGCGAUUCUUCAAUAGUGAUAAUAUCAGAUCAAGAAUAUAAAGAAGAGGAAACACCCCAAGGUAUAUCAAGCGAAGAUGAAUAUGAUGUUCAAGAGGAGAAGAAAAGUAGCAUGCGGGAAAUAGAAAGAGUAUCAGAGGAUGGUGAUGGCAUGCAGAAUAAUUAUGAAAAAGAUGAAGAAGAGUUGGAAGGUUCAAUAGAUUUUUCCAAAUACAUGCAACCGAAGACAGGUAACAUCGACAAUUCUGUCAUUGUAGAAGGUGAAUCUUCUCAGCGUCAAAAUUGUGAAGAUUAUUCAAAAAAUGGCGCAUUAUAUUCCGGUUCAGUGAAUAUUUCAGUGGAGGAUGAAUCUGGCGAUGAGGAAGAUCAAACUGGAAGUUAUUCAACAAACGAUGAAAUUAUACACUAUCCUAAUCAAAAAGAACUGGAUAACAAGAAGCUGAUCAACAAUAGUCAAUCAUUAGCAAACGAACAAGAGGAUACUGACAAUAUCACUGAAUAUGAAAAUCCAAGUUUCGAAAAUGACAUUUUUAUUCAAAGCGAAAGAGAACAGCAGGAAAGUGACGGACAAUCUGAAAACUGUGAUAUUAUUAAUUUUUCCUCAGAUGAAUACUCUUACCAAAACAAUAGUGGAGAUGAGUACUCAGAAAAAGCCUUAAAGGAUGACGUAGAACCUGUCAUAGAAGAAGGAGAGCAACAUACUGUCGAUAGAAAAGAUAAUGAGGUAGAUGCACAUAGCGUCGGAAGUAAUCUGCACCAACAAAAGCAAAUUAUCGAGAUUUCACCUAAUAACUUGUAUGACCUCGCUACCAGAGCUAUUCUUCAAAUGCAACAAAGUGAAAGUUCGUUUCGUUCUCAGCGAGAAGAAAAAGUGUCCGGAUCUGAUCAAGAACAUUCAGGUAGAGUUGAUGUAUUGACUACGUCUUCAGAGGACGUGGAAGUGCAACCAACAAGUCAAAAAGUCACUUCAUGUUACCCCCGAAAUGAAAAGGUGAAAGUUGACCAAGAUGGUACUCGUCCGUUUGAUGACGUAAUGUAUGAGAAAACUUCUGAAAAGAGAGUGAAUUCAGCCACAGAAGAGAGCUCUUCAUCAUUAUCUACAGAUAAAGGGCUUAACAAAUCAUCGAUAGUAACUGAAGACAGUGUUUACUAUUCUCUUGAUGAUAUUGAUGUUGUUCCAGAAAAUUUGAUAGAUGCUCCUUUUUUAGAACACCAAGCAGCUUUUGGAUAUGAAGUAGUGUUUACUGGAUCUGUCUAUAGUUCUACUUCCUCCGAAGAUAAUGCGGAGGUCAUGCCACAAGAAGUAGAUUAUGUAUCGCCAUUUAUUAACGACCCAUUUUGUUUGUCGAACGACGACUGCGAAGAAAAUAAUGAAAUAUUAACCUCAACGUUGGCAGCCCUUACUCCAGCUUUUGAUGACAAGGAAGCCAAAGUUAGAGGAUCUGGAACUAUGCAAUCUUGUUCGAUAUCUAAAUCAGAAGGUACAAAUAUUCUUCCAGCCAGCCGAAAGAGUAAACAAAUGAGUGAUUCUGAUGAGAUCACGGAGACCGCUAAUUUCAAAGAAGGCAAUACACACGAUGAAAAAGAAAAAGAUGAUGAAAUAUUUUCCACUAUGGCAAUAUCCGCCGAUAAAUCGAUUGAUGACAACAUGGAUGAGAAAUACUUUUCGGCAGUCAAUUAUACCAAUAUUACAGAAGAUUCUUCCUUUCAAGAGGUUAUCGAACCAGCGACGGAUGUGGAAGAAACUUCAAGCCUCUAUGUAGAAAGUGCGAACAAAGUAGAAAAUUCAUCAGGUAAUGAAAAUGGCGAAAAAAACGAAAAUGUUAACACAACUCAGGAUAAAUUUGUAGCCGAUCCACCAGAAAAUUACCAACGAAGUGUUAAUGGCAUCAACUUUUCUUCUGUUGAGUUAAUAACAAAAGAUGAGGAUCUGGGAGAAGAAUUACCCGAGAAUAACCCUGCAAAUCAUGAGGUUCAUCCUGGUAUGGAUUUUGAAAAGCAACAUCAAGGGAGAAGUUCUCAGAAUAGUUUACAUGAAGAAAAUGAUACAAACUUAGAAGAUAAUCAUGAAGUACAUGAUUCAAGACAUGGUCAUGAUGAAGAAUAUGAGAAGGUUUUCGAUGAAAAAGAUUUAACGGGUCCAGAAUUCGGUCACACUGAAAACAGAAAGGAUAGCACAACUAUAGGUACGAAGAAAGGUGUUCCUGGAUUCAUAAAGCGAGAGAAAGAAGCAGCUUAUGCUAACUAUGAAGAAGAGGUACUCUCGAAGACAACUAAUGCCAGUUCAUCUGUAGAUAUUCAUAGUAAUAGCGUGCUCAAUGAAAACUUUGAUCAAGAGGAAAACCCAAAAUAUGAAGAAAUUGAAGAAAAGAUUAUCAUUCAAAAUGUAAAUACAAAUGAAGCACAAUUUUCUAUUAUCGAAACGUUUGAUGAAGUUGUAACAGAGAAUAAAACUAAGAACCUAGAAAAGUCGUGUAUUGAAGAAAGACAUCAUGAUGUUCUUUCUGGAACAAAAACAACUAUUUUUGGAAACAAACAUGAAGAAAAACCCAAUAUGCAUAAUAUAGUGAGCCAAUUUCCCCCUGACUUUGAACAAAAAUAUGAUCGGACAACUGAGCACAAUUUUGGAGAUUCUACUAAAGAUAAUGUGGAAAUUCCAGUUUCUAAUACUGAAUCUCAUCCUGAUGAUCGAUUGAGGCCUGAAUCUAACCACACAAGUGUUUUUUCAUCUCCAAUUAGGGUUUUUGAAACAGUUGCAAAGGGUGUAGGUAAAGUAGUGGACUUAGCCGAGUCAUUCGUGAAAAAAAUUGAUGUUAUGGAUUCUGAGAGUGAUGAUGAAAAUGAAGAAGAUUUAGAAAGAAAAGUGCCUUCCAAUACAUCGGAUAAUAUAGAAAGUAUAGUUAUAAAUGAGAGAGACAGCGAUGAGGAUGAAGAAAGCACUUUCGAAGAAGCUAUUCCAAAGAUACCCAGUGGCGAUAAUAAUUCUCACGCAAUAAGAAUUGAUGCCGAGAAGAACGAUAAUAAUGAAAGAGAAUCAUGUCUUGGUAGUUAUUCAGACGUAUCUGAAAAAGAAUUAAAGGACAAAAGAAGUUUACAGGACUCCAAAGGGUCACCAGCCAAUGGUUUACUAUUGGAGAAACAUGAACAGAAUGAAAACCGUAACCAAGAAGGAGAAGAUGAAGAACCCAUAUAUGGAGAGAAAACAUCAGUUAACACCCACGUGAGUGAUUUGAAUGAUAUCAAAAGACAAAAGCUUCUCAAGAAUUUAAGUGAUUUGCAGUAUUAUUCCCAGAGGCUCACACAUGGAUUUGGACGAGGCACAACUCAAGAAGAGUCAAAAGUAAUAAACACAAGUGCACACCAAGAUUUUACUUUUGAGAACUCUGACGAAAAUGAAUAUGCCAGAGUCAUCGAAGAAGACAGCGUUUCGGAGUUAGAUAUUAGUAAUCAAUUUACUACAUAUGAAGAACACAUACCAAAAAAGCAGGACAAGUCAAUAGAUGAACUACAUUCAGAGCCAGAAGAAGGAGAACUGUUUGUAUUGGAAAGUAAGGGCCCUACGCAAAAAGAGACCUUCUGUAAAAGCGAUGUUGACGGUGAACAACUUGGAAUACCAUCUACAGACCUACCGUCUGAUCCUCCAUCUGAUAGAGAAGGGACUGCAGGUUUUUACGCAAACUUAAACUCUGAUAAUGCAGCUACGGAAAUGAAUGUGCGGACGUCACCAGAAGUGUAUGAAAUAUUCUCAGACACCCCAAAUGAAGCCCCCAUAGAAAUUGGUGAUCAGUCACCCAAUAGUGUGUUGGGAAAAGGUAAUGCAACUACGAUGACACCCGUCUUAGAUGGCAAAUCAGAAGAUACUGUCAACCAUGAUGUUGUUAAUGAGGCAAGUGACAAUUUCAUUAAUAUUAAAGUAACUGAAGCUGAAGAGCCUGAAGCUCAAGCAGUGGAUAUUCCUAUUGAGGUAGAUGUUAAGGAGGAACAAGAAAAGAUGUCGUCAAAUUCCAACCUUGAUGAACAGAAAUUGAACACAGAACAAUCCAAUGAUGUAGAGGAACUAGGGAUCAAUAGUGCCGAGGAAAUUAAUCGUAGAGGGGAUAAAGUUAAAGCCAAAAAAAAAAGUCGUAAGAGAAACUACAACAACAGGAGAAGGAAAAGAAAAAUCACAGAGGAUAGUCCUGCUACUUCAAAUAGCAAAAGACUUAAAAAACAUGAGGCCAAAGAACGUGGAAAGAAUACACAUCGAAGUGCAAACAAAUAA